AUGGGGCAGGUUUCCGUGAGCGAGAGCAUUCACGCAGUUGCGGAAGCAAUAACCGUGGUGGGCCGGCAACAGGGUUGGGUGAGCUUCCCGUUGACAACGGCCGGCAAGGCUAGUGCAAAGGCGGCCUUUGCGGAUCGCGGCCGCAUUCCCGGUGUAGUGGCCUGUGUCGACGGGACGCUCAUAGCGAUCGAACAGCCCGAAGGACUCAGCCCGGGUGAGACUGCGGGCUUCAUGUCAAGAAAAGGGUUCUACGCCUUGAAUACCAUGAUCGUGUGUGAUGCCCACAUGCGCAUCGUGGACAUCGAUCCCCGUUUCCCCGGAUCCUGCCACGAUUCCUACGUGUGGAGGCGCUCACCACUGUUAGGCCGCCUCACACGUAACCUGCGACGUGGAGAACGGGUGCUUGGAGACUCAGGCUACCCUCUUGAGCCAUGGCUGCUGACACCUGUGCCAGGCCAUCCAGGCAUUGACACUCCGGAGGGGCGCUACAACCAGGUCCAUGCCUCCAUGAGGAACGUUGUGGAGAGGGGUAUUGCCGUCUUGAAGGCAAGGUUCCGGUGCCUUCAAAGGUACCGGACACUCCUUUAUGAGCCCAAGGAUGCAGCCAUAAUCGUGGCAGCCUGCGCCGCUCUCCACAACAUUGCUUUGAAGGCAGGGGAGCCGCAGCUGCAGGACAGCAAUGAGCAGGCCGAGGACAAUCAGCCACCGCUGCAACAGGGCUUGCCUGUGUCUCAAGGGCACCACACCUGCCGGCAAGAAACGCCCAGAGAGCUGCUGAUGAGGGCGAAGCAGAUGAGGAGCCAGGUUGUCAACCUGUUCUCUGCGGCCCCUAGCUGGCGUACCACUCAUCUGCGUGUGCUGCAUCGUCGGCUGAGGCAGCAACAGCAGGCUCGUCGCGCGGCUCAACCGUAA